AUGGCACAGAAACAGAGCGUUGCUUCCAGGACGUUUCUUCAAAACCUCCAGGCCAGGUGUGUGUUUAUUGGCCUGUUUCCCUGUUUACCUGUGUCAUGUGAUGGGGAACAGGAGCAGUAUGAGGAGGAGCAGGAGAAGCUGCGGAGGGAGUGGGAGAGGGCGCAGAAGGAGGUGGCGGAGGAGGAAAGGAAGUAUCAUGAGGAGGAGAGAAGGAUUUUGGAGGAGACGGUGGCGCCCCUGACACCCCGCUCCUCCAGGCUGUCCUCACCCACCCGGGGGGACGUGCCACCGCCUGGCAAACCCCAGGACGCCAUCCUCCCAUCGCCAGCCAACCUGGAGCGAAUGCAGGAGCUGCUGGACAAGCAGGCGACACGCCCAGAGGAAGUGGUUGUGGGACAGAAGGACCACAGCGUACAGGGGACAGACAGAAGAUCGCUCCUCCAGGCUCCAGUCCAGACGGAGCUGAACGCAGCUCCUCAGCAGUGCAGGCCUCCUGUGGCCUGCGAACACAACACCCAGCGCUUCAGCCGAUGA